AUCCCCUCUUUCGCCCCGGCUCGCUGCUCAAGCACAGAGAGCGGUUACUUACGAUUCUACAGUCAACCUCUGGACAUCCACCUGUGAGGACGGAGGUGUUCGACCUCACUCGACACUCACAUCCGGUGCAGUGACAUGAACGGUGCUUGAGAGAAAGACAGAGAAAGAGAUAGAACGAGAAACUCGUGUGCUCCAAUUUUCAUAUUUUCUUUCGAUAUAUUUUUUUUACAUUUACCCGAUAUCUCUCGAGGACAUUCCGGUCGAUUUUAAUGUAACGUGGAGGUCGCCGGACGGGCCGAGAAAGGACUUGUAAUACAAGCUGAAACAAAUGUUCCUCACGAUGUCCAGGAGGUAUCUCGGUCUGAUACUUAUUAUUACGGCGUUUACGCAUGCAUACGAUGCUAAGAAAUGCGAGGGCAAUGGCCUGGAUCUAAAAUAUGUUUGGGGCGAUGCACUCACCGAUCCGAAUGACUGUAUAGGACCAAAUAAUAUGCAAUAUCCUUCAACCGUGAUAUCGAGGAGCUUCAAGAAUCUCUGGACGGGCAGUAGUCGAACCGCGCGAUCGCAUCAGCCACGGACGAUUGAUCCCGAACGGACAAGGCAGACGCUUUUGUAUAACUAUAAAGUGGCCCGCGGAGACUACUCCAUCGCCGGAAACUCCAGGAACGGCCGUGCGGUUUCCGCGAAGGAAAGUUGCGGUUCACCCGCCAGACUCUGCAAAACGAGGUACAACACCACGGCGCCUAUGUACGGUAUCAGCCUUACUAGUGGACAACCGGUAACGAUCGUUCAGAAAUUUCCUGAUCUUCUCCAACAGGUUGUCUUUGAAGUUUGCGAAUCGAAGGAAUGCGACGUGGUUCACGGUGAGUGCACGCAGACCUAUGUGCCGUACCUGUUUCUGGUGAUUCCUCUGGGUCCAGUGACCUUGACCGGCCAGGAUUACGUGCUGGUAGAGAGUGGUUGCGUUUGUAAGCCGAGGAAUACGGCGAGCUCGUCCACCGAUACGCUACCGGCUGUACCGAGCUUUUAAUCUUCGUCAAACGUCACAAGUGUCACAAGCAUCUCGGACUGUCUCUCCGCCGAAACGAGGGGAUUCCUUGUAAACAACUCGCGUAACCCAUUCUUAUCAGAAUGGUAUAGAGCGAUUUCGAGCGCCAAGAUCCUCGAAUAGCUCGGCAAUCUCAUCGAUGCUCAUGCGACGCUAGAUUUAUUUCUCGAGGGAAAUCUGAUAAAUGUGUUCGCUGCACGAAAUUAAUUCCGUCUCGGACCAAAUAAAUCUGUCUCCUUUUUCUACGAAAAGACGCCGCUCUUCGUGGCUAUAAAGUGAUCUAUUUCGUUUGAUCGAUUAUAAUGGAUUUUGUAUUAUAAUAUUUCUCUUUCUAAAUUUCUACAAGCUGUUUUUUCAGUAUAUUAUAUUAUAUUUUUUCAAUCUUAAAGAUUAGUAGAAAUGCAUAAUUUCAGAAAUGGAAGUCAAAUGUUUCAUACGGAUUCAAAACGAAAUUAUGAAAUAAAAAGUCUGGCUAAUAAUGAAUUUAUUAUAGAACGAAAUUAAUACAAUGAAGAUUUCUUGAAAGAAGUAGUUCUAGUGAAUGAACUCUUCGUCAUAGUGUCUCUGUAUUGUAUUUGUGACAUUGCAUUUCACGCACAAUUCAUGAGACCUGGACGAACUACUUACAAUGUGUGACAAGAUAAUCUAUCAUCUGACAAUGGCAAACUAUGGAAAAUAAGACUGCCGCAGUUGAUGGAUUUCAUCGAUGAUAAAUUUCUACGAAUUUAUAUAACAUUUUUUCAAGACUUUCGAGUACUUUUCUGGGCUAAUUCGACGAAUAUGUCGAAUUCAGUCUAUUCGUUAAAUACUCGAACCGUAUUUAUUCUUCACAUAUGUUAUUUUUCUUAAAUUAUUACAUGUAUUUUAUAUGUUUGCCUUACCUUUUUAUGUAAAUAUUUUCUUGCUAUAAAAAUAUAAAAUAGA